AUGAUGGAUUCCAGAUACCCCGAGCUGGUUCAUAUGACAACACUUAACUAUUUCCUUGUUCUCCUCCUUUUUUCAGCUAUUUACGGAAUAUGCCUGGUUACGUACCGCCUUUAUUUUUCUCCCCUAUCCCAUUUCCCAGGACCCAAGCUGGCCGCCAUGACUCGAUGGUAUGAAAUGUACUUCGAUGUGAUCCGUGGCGGCCAGUUCAUGUGGGAGAUUGAUAGAAUGCACGAAAAGUACGGGCCCAUUGUCCGAAUCAACCCUUAUGAGCUUCACGUUAAAGAUCCCAUUUACUACAACACUAUUUACACCGGACCGACUAUGAAACGGGAUAAAUACAUUUGGUUCCUGUCUGCGGGAGCUCCAAACUCACUCUUCUCAACGGCUGGGUACAACCACCAUCGAUUGAGAAGGGGGAUGCUCAGUCCGUAUCUGUCCAAACCGGCUAUUCGAAUCCUCGAGCCCGUCAUUCAAGAGAAAGUAAACUUGCUUUGCAGGCAUAUGAGGGAAGCAUUGAUGAAUGACGAGCCUUUAGAACUACAUCGAUGUUUCAUAUCUCUUGCAGUGGAUAUUGUUUCCCAGUACGCAUUUGGAAAGUCGAACUGUUUUAACGUGCUUCAAGAGAAGGUUCUGGACGACAAGUGGAAAGAUGGAGUUACUGGAGCGUUUGGAAAGCUCCUUCUCACCAGACACUUCCCCAUUCUAAUUCGCGUUUUCCGCACUCUCCCUGUUCGGAUAACUUCACUUGUGGUACCAACAACCCGGCAUAUAGAAUUUAUGGAAAGCGCAGUAAAGCAGCGUUUAAAGCACGUUUAUGAGACGAAUCGACACGGAAUCACAGAACCAUGUAUUUUCUCCGAGCUUAUGCAUAAUGAAAAGCACCCAGUCGCGGAACGAACUCUUAAGAGAUUAACAGACGAUGCUUUGUUCCUUAUGGUAGCUGGAACGGAUGCUCCUUCGCAGGCCCUCGCUAUCAUAUUGUAUCAUAUACUGAACAAUCGUAGAGUACAUGAGAAACUGCGUGAAGAACUUGUGUACGCUCUUCCCGAUGCGCGGUCUGACCCUUCUUUAGCUAUGCUUGAGAAUAUUCCGUACUUGUCCCCCCAUCUUUUGUCCUUUUCCUCGCUUGAUUCUGAAGCUGACGAUAUAACCAAUGAAAUAGACACCGAUUAG